UAUCUUCCGCUGAACGUUAAUUGUUUGCUUCGUUUAAAACGUUCGAAGAAAUCAUUUCAUUACAAUGAAUACAACAAUUAAUCCGACGCCGACUUUUAUCAAUAUUUUAAGAAUAUGGCUUGCACUUGUUGCAGUAAUGGCUUUUGGAAACACGAUCCAGUGUUUUAUAAGCUCUAACUAUUUGUUUGAAAGACUUUACACUAUUAAUGAAAAGAACGUGAGUGGGCUGGCCGCCAGAUUGUUUGGUGUGUGGACGUUGAUGUCUGGAGUUGUAAGAAUUCUUUGUGCUUUCUUCAUCUACAAUAAAACUCUCUAUUUCAGUACCUUAGUCUCCUUCAUCAUCGCUCUUGGUCACUUUACGUCGGAAGUGUUCAUUUUUAACACGGCAGCUCUGACAAUUGGAAUUAUUGCCCCGCUCAUUGUUUCAAGUUUAUCCAUCUUAAUGAUGUUGUUUGGUUUUCGAUACAUAGAGGAGGAGGAUCCCAGAAUGAAGUACGUGAAUGAAAAUGAAGAACUGCUCAAAUCUAAGAACUUUAUGAAGGCAAAAAAAUUGUCCUGAAUGUGAAGUAUUUAGUCGAGUAUUUGUCUGGUCUUAAAUUUUCUGUUCGAAUUUGAAAGGUGAAAUAAAAAGGGGCAUUUUCGUUCUAUAUUUCGUUAAGGGGUGCUAUUUUUUUUUUGUUUCAACAACCUUUAAAACUUUUUUGCUAUUUCAUCCAAUUAAGAGAUUUCACCUCAAUUAUGUAAAUUGUUUUAACUUAUUUUUAGACUUUAAAAAAAAAGUUAUAUAUUUUUUAUACUGGGUAUUCAUGAUUUUAUCAUAGUAGGUAAAUGAAAAAAGUUAAUUUAAAACUUUGAUGACUCAGCCCAGUGAACAAUGAUAGCAUAGUUGCUUGCAUUGUUUCAAGAUAGCAUGAACAAAGAAUGGAUAGAUUAGAAAAAUUUGUAAAAAUUUAUACUAUGAUUUCCCUAGUACCUGUUUUUUUAGUAUGCUUAAAUAAAUUAUUAUAGAAUAUCAACUUCAUUAUGUAAUUUUAAUUCUGUUUUUUAAAUAGAUUAUUUAUUUAUUCUUUCUCACCAUGUUGUAAAGUGUGUUUGCAAUUGUACUAAUUGAAGCUUAGUAUUCAUUAAAUAUGGACACAAUUUUAUGAAAUGAGACCAUUGUGAUGCAUAUCUUAACUUUUUAAUAAUGAGAUACUUCAGUUAAACUUGGACAUUUUUAAAUGACCUGUACUAAUGAAGAUUUUAAAAUGAUAUUUAUAUAUUUAAAAAAACAACAACUGGAAGAUGAAGCUUGCUCAUAACAACCACUUCACUUGUAUAAUGCAUUAUUCUCUCCCCUUACAGUGUAAUAAAAUACCCUCACACCAUCUUGAAUCUUUUCUACCUUUAUGGUGUAAUGUUCUCUCCAUUCUCAUUGCAAUGUAAUAUAACAUAAUAUUCUACCAGUCCAUAGAGGGGGCACAGUGGCUGAGUGGAUAAAUUAAGUGGUUGGCUUCUGAACCUGGGAUCCUGGGUUCAAAUCUUGGUGAAGACAAGGAUUUUGAAUUUCAGGAUUUAUAGGGUGCCCCUGAGUAAACCCAACUCUAAUAGGUACCUGAAUUUAGUUGGAGAAAGUAAAAGCGGUUGGUCUUUGUGCUAGCCACAUGACACCCUGCUCGCUAACCGUUGGCCGGAGAAAAAGAUGACCUUAACAUCAUCUGCCCUGUUAAUCACAAGGUCUGAAAGGGGAAUAUUCUACCAGUCCACCAUAUGAUAUAAUAUCCCUUUGGUUAAAGGACACUCCUUUCCAAUAGAAUCAACUUUAGAUUGCUGACUUUAUCACUGCCUUUAAGAAGAAGUUGCUCAACACUAAACCAGCAUUGGUAUUAAUACAGUCAUGAAAGUCCCAGUAGCAGUGACUUCUCUUGUCUCAUUAAUGCAUGGUCAUGUGACUCACAAAUUUUAUGUUUGUUGAAGUUUUUGGUAUAGGAAUCAUAUAUUACUGAUCAUAAUAUUUCAGCAGUAUCAUCUGUACCCCGUGCGUCUAUACAUCCCCCCCCCUCAGUCAGAAUGUUACGAGUCUAAUAACUUGUUGUUGAGAUAAAAAUUAAACUUGUAUAUGCAUAAUGUAUAUAGGUGAUAGGUCAAGAAGACAGGGUAAGAUUUUCAGGGUUAGUGCAAACUUAGCAGGAUCAAUUCCAACUAGCAUGUGCCCCAAAUGUAAUCAGUUUUUUUUUUAAUGAAGAGACUGUCCCCCAUAGCCAUCUUUGUAUAGACAUAAAAAGAUGUUCUCGUCUCGUCUUGGACCAGGAAGCUUCAAAAUGUAUUGUGUUACAAUGUCUUGGAGGUUAGUUCUCUUUCAGUUGGUUACUUGGGAACACAUGACUUUAUAGGCCAAGACAAAUGUUUUAUUAUGUAAAAUAGUUAUAUUUAUAAAAUAAUACUUUUUUUUUUGUUUUACAAUUUUGUGUUCAAAUUAAACAUUGUGUGUGUGUGUGAUAGUGUUACAAGUACCGGUAGUGACCUGCUUAUUGUUUGGAUGUAAAGGCUGAAGCUGUGUGUUUUGGUGAGACUUAAUUAGUUGGUGUUUUUUUUUUCAAUGGAUGUACAUUUAUUUGAGUGGUGGAGUAUCUGUUCAUUAGAGAUUGUACUGCAUAGAUGUGUGUGUGUCUCCUCAAUACUUGUGUGUCUCUUCAAUACAUGUGUGUCUCUUCAAUACAUGUGUGUCU